AUGUCGACUGGCGGCCAUGUUCAAUGCGGGAACAGCCGUGAGGAAGACCACAUUGAAUCCGCGCCAUUGCUGGGCAGUUCGCUCGACAGUAGGGGCGAUGAUGGGAGCUCAAGGAAUCAAUCCAGACUCCUCGCAAAAUUCUACGCCGUCGUGUUCUGCGCCAAUCUCGCAUUCCAGAUCCUGGCUCCUGCUCAGACCGAGAUCUAUGAGACCAUCUACUGCUCCCAAUGGUACCGCCGGCAUCCCAGCAAUGCGUUCCCGCCAUCUGGAAAGAUCCCAGAGUCAUACUGCAAGAUAGGCCCCGUCCAGACACAGAUAUCUACACUCAAGGGGUGGUACGAAUUCUUCGCCGCGGCCCCGGGUCUCCUCUUGAGCAUCCCAAUGGGAAUCCUCACCGACACCAUCGGUCGACGACGCCUGCUGAUCCUCAACGUUACCGUCCUGUGCCUGACACAGGUGUGGACUACUUUUGUCACCUGGUUCAACGGCCAAAUACCCCUUCGCGCCAUCUGGCUGGGCGCAGGCCUCAAUCUUGUGAGUGGUGGAGUCAUGGUGACAGAGUUGCUUUUUGUGUGUAUCCUGACCGACGUCAGUUCGAGUGACCGAGUAGUCGAGACAUUCUUCCGUUCAACCGCAUUCAGCUACUUCAGCAAGGUCAUCGGACCCGUCCUCGCAGCGACUCUUAUGCGGCGUGAUCCGUGGCUCGCCAUCUACCUCGGACUUGCGCUACUAGUCAUCACCGUUAUCGUCGUCACUACCGUCCCAGAAACCCUACACUGGCAAGUUGCUGCUGCACGGGACGGACGAUCCAGGGUACAUGGUGACGAGGCCACUACAAGGUCGAUAGAUCCCAAAUGUGAUAGCAGCUGGCGACGCUCAAAAGUGCACUUGUCUCGCUUGGCCAAGGUCUGGAGCGACUGGCGCCUCGUCUUCGUCGCCCUGGCCCACCCGUUCCGCCUGAUCUGCGACGCCCUGAGCGACCUCCUCCAGCGGUACGUGUCGGACCGGUACGGCUGGACGCUCGCGGACGCCACGCUCGUCUACUCCCUGCAGGCUGUGGCGGCGGGCCUGGUGCUUUUCACGGCGCUGCCGCGCCUCUCGGCGAGGAUCGACGCGCGGUACGCGCUCAGCGCCGUGCAGAAGAAUGUGGUCCUGUCGCGGGCGUCGCUGCUGGUACUGGCCGUGGCAUUUGCCGUCAUCGGUCUCGCGCCGCACCCGGUCAUCAUGGUCGCGGGCCUCCUGCUCCAGACGCUGUCGACGGGCUUCCCCGCGACGCUGCGCGCCCUGGCCGCCGCGCUCAUCGACGCCCACGACCAGGGCCGCGUCUUCUCCGUGCUCGCCAUCGCAGAGACCCUCAGCGUCAUGCUCGCCUACCCGGUCACGGCCGCCCUGUUUAAUGCCGGUCUCGAGCGCGGUGCCGGCCCUUGGCUCGGCUUGCCCUACGACGUCGUCGCAGUAGCCGCUGCCCUAGCCUGCGCUGUCAUGUGUCUCCUCCGCUUCGAGCACCCGCGCCACACGCGUACCUGUGCGCGGGCUGUGUGA